CGCCCCCUAGCUCAUAGCCCUACCUGAAGGGAAGGACAGGGCGUGCGCCGCCGUUCAGCCGGCAGCUUGACACCGUCCCCGUCGGCGGCCACCGCUUUGCCUCCCGAUUUGAGCUCCGGCUUUCUAUCUCCUUCCUUCCCUCUUAGAGAUCCACCGAUUUCUUUUCUUUUCUUCUCUCGUGGAAACCCUAGCUUGCAUUUUACUACUUGCUUGUAGUGGAGCGGCGACAGUAAGAAGCCGUGAGAGAGAGGGGGAUUGAUGAUGGAUGCUGAUGAGAAUGAGAUCCCCCAACCCGAGGAGGAGAAACCAUGCGUGGAUCUCGAGUUGCAGCGAUACACCCCGACAUCGAUGGUGGCCGCGGUAGCCAAGGUGCUCGACGACAGCGACCUCCUCGUUGAGAUCCUUCUCCGUGUCGCGUUCCCCACCGCGCUCGUCCGCGCCGCACUCGUCUGCAGGCGCUGGUUCCACCACGCCUCCAACAGCCGGUUCCUCCGCCGCUUCCGCAAGAUCCACCCGCCCCGCCUCCUCGGCUUCUACGCUUUUUUCGAGCGUGCACGCUUCAUCCCGAUGCAGCCUCAACCCCCGGAGCUUGCCGUCGUUGUCCGCCACCUUGCGAGCUGCAGGUUUGCCUACUACAUCAACAUUGAGGACUGCCGCAAUGGCAAUAUCUUAACCAGCGGCCGACGAGGAGGAGUAUGGACGUAUCAAGUCUACCACCUGUUGUGCCCUGAGAGAGAUAUGCCCAUCAUCCCACCACUCCCUUGUGUCGAGACCGGAAUUUACUACAUUCUCGCUGAAAUCCUCUCCAGAGAAGAAGGCGAUGGACUGUCCUAUUUCUAUUUGUUGGUGGAGCCUGCCAAGGAGACAAAGAAGGUCAUGGUGCGCCUAUAUGUGUUGCAAGAUGGUGCCUGGUGCAUGCUUACCUUGGCCACAAACCAGCUCCAUUGUCCGCGGCCAAGGCCAAAGCCUGUGCUCGUCCACAACAAAAUCUAUAUGGCGGCCGCCCAAAGUGACGACAUUAUUGUCUUGGAUUUGACUGACUCAAGUUUCUCCACGAUUCACCUCCCACAAGGAGUGGAGUAUGCCUCUUCAGAAAUCAUGUUGUCACGGACUGAUGAUGCUUCUGGUGUAUAUCUCAUUCAUGUCCGUCCCAAGGAGUUUCAACUUUGCGUAUGGCUCCACAAGGGGGGGCAACUGGCUGCUGGUAGAUACCACAUCUAUUUGCAUGAGAUGCGUGCUAUUUUGGGGAAGAAAGAUCACCCGUAUGUGCUUAUAGGGAAGGUGGGAGACGAUGCUCAGUUUGUAUUUUUAAAGGUUUCUCGAUACAUAUUCUACUUGGAUAUCAAGUGCAGGACACUGCGUAAAGUAUAUGAGGAGACAGAUGAUGAUCGAUGUUAUGGCGGCGUCCAUCCUAUUAUGAUGAUUUGGCCACCCACAUUCCCUGCCCUCAAGGAUGAUCCUAAAAGGAACAGGAGUGCCAUGUGAAGAACAAUUAUAUCAAGAAGCUUUUGGACAGGGCCUCGUCAAGGAAUAAAUAGCAGAGAGCUGCACUGCCUUAAUAGCAGCAGGUCCACUGUAACCUGCACUUGCACUAGAUUAAUCAGGAUGCUAUGUAACUAAAGCAAGCAGGUGCCCUGCAUGAUACACAGAUACUAGUCUGAUCCGCUUGCCUAUUCAUGGACCCGCCCGCUUGUUGUUAUGCGUGAUAUUUGCAGAAUCAGUCACCAUUGUUGAAUCGAAUCGGUUCCAAGUUAGUGAUGUGGUUCUAACGCGGCAGUAGAAC